AUGUCAUUGGAUAGAGAAGAGCCAAACUAUUUUGGCGCAGGUCCCGCUUUGCUACCUACUUCCGUGCUGCAACAAGCUGCUCAAGAUUUAGUCAAUUAUAAGAACGGUGGGCUUGGAAUUGGUGAAAUUUCACAUCGAUCAAAAGAUGCGGCUCAAGUCAUUGAGAACACUAAGGCGAAUCUCAAACAACUUUUAAACGUUCCUUCCACUCACGAAGUUUUUUUCCUUCAAGGGGGUGGAACCACUGGCUUUGCCUGCGCUGCUACCAAUUUGCAAGCAGCAUACGCAGGAAAGCAUGGGAAAAAAGCACCUGGUGGCUACAUAGUGACUGGAUCUUGGGCUGAGAAGGCGUUUCAGGAAGCUGCAAGACUGGGUACCGAUGCUGAGGUGCUUGUGAAUGCGAAGGAUUUGAACCAGGGCAAGUACGGUAUUUUACCCCAAGAAUCGAGCUACAUGGACAAAAUUAAGUCGAAGGAGUAUUCUUACGUGUAUUUGUGCGAAAACGAAACUGUACAUGGUGUCGAAUGGCCCACUUUGCCCCAGGGUCUUGUCGAAUCCGGUGUCGAAAUCGUCGCCGACUUGUCGAGUGACAUUUUGUCUCGUCCUAUCAAUGUAGCAAAUUAUGGGUUGAUCAUGGCGGGGGCUCAGAAAAAUAUUGGGUUGGCCGGUCUGACUUUGUAUAUUAUCAAGAAGUCCAUUCUGGAGGAUAUUUCCAAAGUCUCCGACAAUCAGUUACGUGAGAUGGGUAUCCCGCUUUCACCCAUUGCGACUCACUUCCCUACUGUUGUCAAGAAUGACUCAGCUUAUAACACUAUCCCCAUUUUCACCUUGCAUAUCAUUGACCUUGUGCUGAGAAAUUUGAUUCAAAAGGGUGGCUUGGAAGCUCAAAAUGAAUUGAACAAUGAGAAAACAAAGCUUCUUUACUCCACUUUAGACAAGCACUCUGAUUUCUACGAUUUGCCUGUGGCGAAAGAUUGCAGAUCCCGUAUGAACGUAGUUUUCACUCUCAAGAAAGCUGGCCUAGACGAUAAAUUUCAACAAGAAGCCGCAUCCAGAAAUCUAACUGGAUUGAAGGGUCAUCGUUCUGUUGGUGGGUUUAGGGCCUCCAUUUAUAAUGCCGUCAGCUUACAAAGCGUGAAGCUUUUGGCUCAAUUUGUCGAUGAAUUUGCCAAAGUUAACUCUCAGCAGACGUUACAGACAAACAAUCUGAUGUAA